CGCGGCAUAGCGGCAGAACUGGCCAGCAAGACACACUUUCAUCUUUCGUCUCUCCUUACAAUCCCUUUGCUUCGUAUAUCUGUCUAUCCCCCCAUCCUCUUCCUCCACCAGUCCUUUCGUAUAGUUUCCUUUCUUCUCUUCUUCCUGGUUGAUACCAGUCCUCGCUCUUUUUUCUACUGGGAUUGACUUAUUCCUGCUAAUUCGUUUAAUUCCCCCGUUGUUGACAGCAUACCCGUCGCCAUGAGCGGACUUCGGUUUCUCGAUUUGAUCAAACCCUUCACGCCCCUCCUUCCGGAGGUGGCCGCCCCCGAGACCAACAAGGUGCCUUUCAACCAGAAGCUUAUGUGGACUGGGUUGACUUUGUUGAUCUUCUUGGUUAUGAGCCAAAUGCCUUUGUAUGGUAUCGUGUCGUCUGACACUUCGGAUCCUCUUUACUGGCUCCGUAUGAUGUUGGCCAGUAACCGUGGUACAUUGAUGGAGUUGGGUAUCACGCCCAUUAUCUCUUCGGGAAUGGUUUUCCAGCUCCUUGCCGGAACCCACCUCAUCGACGUCAACCUCGACCUCAAGACCGACCGUGAACUGUACCAGACCGCCCAAAAACUCUUCGCCAUCAUCUUGUCCUUUGGUCAAGCCUGCGUCUUCGUCCUUACUGGUCUCUAUGGUCAGCCCAGUGACCUCGGCGCUGGUAUCUGCGUCCUCUUGAUCGUGCAAUUGGUUGUGGCUGGUCUUGUUGUCAUCCUUCUUGACGAAUUGCUUCAAAAGGGCUAUGGUCUCGGAAGCGGUAUCUCCCUCUUCAUUGCCACCAACAUCUGCGAGUCUAUCGUCUGGAAGGCUUUCUCCCCCACCACCAUCAACACUGGCCGUGGUCCCGAAUUCGAGGGUGCCAUCAUUGCUCUCUUCCACUUGCUCUUGACCUGGCCCGACAAGCAGCGUGCUUUGCAGGAGGCUUUCUACCGACAGAACCUCCCCAACGUCAUGAACCUCUUAGCCACCCUCUUGAUCUUCGCCGCUGUCAUCUACCUCCAGGGAUUCCGCGUUGAGAUCCCUGUCAAGUCUUCCCGCCAGCGUGGUAUGCGCGGAUCUUACCCCAUCCGUCUGUUCUACACCUCCAACAUGCCUAUUAUGCUCCAGUCAGCUCUCUGCUCCAACGUUUUCUUGAUCAGCCAGAUGCUCUACUCCCGUUUCUCUGACAACCUUUUGGUCCGUCUUCUGGGUGUCUGGGAGCCUCGUGAGGGUUCUGCUCAGCUCUACGCUGCCUCUGGUAUCGCAUACUACAUGUCUCCUCCUCUUAACUUCAAGGAAGCUCUUUUGGAUCCCGUCCACACCGCUGUCUACGUGACCUUCAUGCUUGUUGCUUGUGCUCUCUUCUCCAAGACCUGGAUCGAGGUUUCUGGCUCCGCUCCCCGCGAUGUUGCCAAGCAGCUCAAGGAUCAGGGCUUGGUUAUGGCUGGUCACCGUGAGCAGAGCAUGUACCGCGAACUCAAGCGUGUUAUCCCUACCGCUGCUGCUUUUGGUGGUGCCUGCAUUGGUGCUUUGUCUAUUGCUUCCGAUCUCCUCGGUGCUUUGGGCAGUGGUACUGGUAUUCUACUUGCCGUCACCAUCAUCUAUGGCUACUUUGAAAUUGCUGCUCGUGAAAGUGACUUUGGCGCAGGCCUCCGAGGUCUUGUUCCCGGCAACUAAACAGGAAACAACUAUCCUUUCCUUUUCUAUAAGAUGAUUAUAUUGGACAAACGGGGUUGUCCUAAUGAUCUCAUAUUUUUCCAUCUUCGUUCUGUCACACUAAGAACUUAUCAUUCUGUUUUUUGUUUAAAUAUAAAGUUAAAUGAAUCAUAGCAAAAAUCGGGUGUACUAUUUGAUUCUCGCUGGUUAUGAUAGGAUUGUUUUCCUAUCCACAUUAGUUGGGUUUGGUUUGAGACCGAAAAGGUGUUGAAUUAUUCUGUUGUUGCUGUGAAUUGGGUUGGUCGUAGUUUGUACAGUAUGGAUAUUAUGAAUGCGCUCAUUGGACUACUAUCAGUUAGGUGAAUGAAGAAUAAAAAUUUGAUUUAUACAUGAUA